UUGAUCAUUGCUUUUUUUCAUGUGGUGGCUCCUAAAGGAGCCGUUUGUUUGAAUGUUGAUGCAGUCCACUUAUGCUCGUUCUCCGCGGAUUCGGCGGGCCAGCUGAAUGUCCUUGGGCAUGAUGGUGACACGCUUGGCGUGGAUGGCGCACAAGUUGGUGUCUUCAAACAGUCCGACAAGGUAAGCCUCGCUAGCUUCUUGAAGAGCCAUCACAGCCGAGCUCUGGAAACGCAGAUCGGUCUUGAAAUCUUGGGCGAUUUCUCGCACAAGACGCUGGAAGGGCAGCUUGCGGAUCAACAGCUCGGUGGAUUUCUGGUAACGACGGAUCUCACGAAGAGCGACUGUACCAGGCCUGUAUCGAUGAGGUUUCUUGACUCCACCGGUCGCAGGGGCGCUCUUACGGGCUGCUUUUGUGGCGAGCUGUUUUCGUGGAGCUUUCCCACCAGUUGAUUUACGCGCAGUUUGUUUUGUACGAGCCAUUUUUUGAAAAGAUUCGAGUAACAAGAAAGCUAACUGAGUAUAAUACCGAUUGCUUACAAAUCCAUUUAUACCUUGGCGGGCUAGCAUCUGAUUGGCUUUAAAAUAAGAGAUCUGAUUGGUCGAGUGUGGGAACUGUAUAUAAUAUCACAGUUAUGUAGUUGUAUUUCGAUCCGAAUCGACCUGGAAUAGUUUAGAAGGCUUUGGAACAUCUUUGAGCAGUGUAAAAACUUGCUUUAAACGAGAGAAUGCUCAACUAAACUGGUUGAGUGGUAGUUUAAACGAACUUUUAUAAAACAGAUGUCAACACUUGUUUGAUUGCAAAGGUUGUUAGCGUGCAGUAGUAGGAGUGCUAACAUGCUGGUUUGUGAGAUUGAUUACUAAUUUGGCCUUUAGCCCUUUGUUCUGCAUUCAACCAAUACCAAGCUACGUCUGUCUUGUUUUCUGAGAGGUCAUAGUUGCCCUUAUAAAAUAACAGAAACGUAAUUCAUUCAGUCAUAACUCAGUCACUCGAGUAACAAUCAGUAUGUCUGGUCGCGGCAAAGGAGGUAAAGGUCUCGGAAAAGGAGGCGCCAAGCGUCACCGAAAGAUCCUUCGGGAUAACAUCCAAGGUAUCACUAAGCCAGCCAUCCGUCGACUUGCUCGCCGUGGGGGUGUUAAGCGUAUCUCUGGUCUGAUCUACGAGGAAACUCGCGGUGUUCUCAAAGUUUUCCUUGAGAACGUCAUCCGUGAUGCUGUGACAUACACCGAGCAUGCCAAGAGAAAGACUGUGACAGCCAUGGAUGUGGUGUACGCUCUGAAGAGACAAGGUCGCACUCUGUACGGCUUUGGCGGUUAGACGGACGCUUCAUUACACAAACAAACGGCUCCUUUGGGAGCCACCAAGUCUUGAAAAAGUCGUAAUCAAUAAAAUGGUUUUCGUCAUUGAUAAAAUGUACUGACCUACCCCACCAGGACGGGAGCCGCACUAAACACAGCGUAUCAGCAUCCUUCUGCGAAAAUUCGUUGCGAAAUAUUGUUUUAUACGAUUUUAAUUUGAAGAGAGAAUCAAAGUGUCUAAUCAAAGAGCGAGGACACAGCUUUCCUACUUGUCUCCAGUGGUUUUAUGUUUGGGAUUAGUGGUUAUGGGAAAGCUCGCGGCCGUUUUGAUCUUGCUGCGUCUCGUUUACUUUCUAAGACUGAUUGACCUUUGGUACUGGACCUUGCGAUCACAAACACGCAUUUGGACAUUAUGUCGCAAUUUUUGUAACGUUCCUUUUCAAGGCUUACUGUAAACGGAACGAAAUGAUAUGAAAAUCUGUAAUUUGCGAAAUAAGAUUUCUACUUUGCAAAUUACAGAUUUUUCGUUUCGUAAUUUACAUAUUUCUCUUUCGAAAAUUACAGAUUUAAAUUUCGCAGAUUAAAGAUUUGCAUUUCGUUUCGUUUUGCAAAUGAUAGUAAGCUAUUGGAAGCGAAUAGUGCACUCUAUUUGUGAGUUAUAAUGGUUCUUAAUGCCUAGUACCCUCUUUAGAUCCUAUAACCAAGCUCAAGAUAUUUUAAGAUAUUGUUUUUUUAAGCUUUGGAUGAUCGAGUAUUGAUUAGUCACACAUUAGUAUCCAAUACUGUUUGGCACAAUGUAGGUAACGUGUUCUUCGGAGCGCAAAAAUUUGUGCGCGCUAAUGGACUAUGAUCUUUUGCUCGCUUUCGGUUCAGAUAAACUCCCAUUAUAGUCUUGGACUUGGAAAUUAAACGAGGAAAGUUUCGGCAUAUAUGUAUUAGUUACUUUUUAGCGCAGUGUAGAUAAUCUUCCACGCUGGAAUCUUACAUCAGUUCUUUCAUCAGUGAUGUGUGAGUCAAUUUUGGCGGUAUUUCUGUAACGUUCUUAUCGAUCCGGUGAAAAACCGGAUAGCGCAUUGUGGGUGUUUGGCGAAAGAAUUGAAAAUCACCGAAACACUUCGUUGACCAUGAAUCAAUUUCAUUUGAAAGCACAUGGAUUUUGGCGGCGAACCAUUGUCCGUCCAAAUGAGCGUAUGACCGCCAAUUCCUUGUGGGACAGGAGCACCUAAUGUUCAGAUCGAAUUUGAAAUCACAAAAUUGACCAUAAUUUUCCGACUGCCACAAGUAGCGACCAAACUUCCUGUAGUGACUGAAUAGGAUACUUUUAUUUAACUGGGGAAGUGGUAUCUCUUAUGGCAAUUUUAUUUGUAUUUUUUUUAAUUAAAGCAAGUUUGACGAAUUUUUAAGGAAUAACAAACGGUUGAUCGAGACUUUUGUCGUAUGUGGUGGCUCCUAAAGGAGCCGUUUUGUAUAAGCAGUGAAAGCUUGUUUAGGCUUUCGGUUUCUUCUCGGUCUUCUUGGGUAGAAGAACAGCCUGGAUGUUGGGAAGAACACCUCCCUGCGCAAUGGUGACGCCAGCCAGCAGUUUGUUCAACUCCUCGUCAUUACGGACAGCUAGCUGAAGGUGACGGGGGAUGAUUCUUGUUUUCUUGUUGUCACGAGCAGCGUUGCCCGCCAACUCGAGGAUCUCAGCGCUCAAGUACUCGAGCACAGCAGCCAAGUACACUGGUGCACCAGCGCCAACACGCUCAGCGUAAUUUCCUUUGCGGAGAAGACGGUGGAUUCGACCAACUGGGAAUUGAAGCCCUGCUCGGGAUGAGCGGCUUUUAGACUUGGUGCCCUUAGCUUUACCUUUUCCGCGACCAGACAUGUUUGAAUAUUUCGGAAGGUUCACUCGAUGCGAGAAUGUAAGAGCAUGAAUGAACUUCAAUAAUUAUGGUUAGUUAUUUAUGCACGAAGGAUCGAAAAGCGCCAAUCACAUCUUUGUUGACCGAUUGAAUUUCAAUAACCGUUGUCUCUGGUUUGUUUACAAAAGAAAUGAAAUACAAAGAAGUUUGACCUCUGCGGUCAUUUUGGGUUGAUACCCAAUCAGCAAUCGAGGAUUUCGAUCCGUAUGAUAAUUGAUCCUUCCGUCUAUUCACUAUAAAUUGAAGAAGCAUCGAGUUGCCCGGUAUUGAGGUUACAACUGUUCUUCAGAUAUAAUGGCUCCCAAAGUUGCAGGAAAGAAAGGCGAGAAGAAAGCCGGAAAGGCAAAGGCAAUUGCUGCUGAUGGAAAGAAGAAGAGGAGAGGAAAGAGAAGGGAAAGCUAUGCUAUCUACAUCUACAAAGUGUUGAAGCAAGUUCACCCUGACACUGGUAUCUCCAGCAAAGCCAUGGGCAUCAUGAACUCGUUCGUCAACGACAUUUUCGAGCGCAUCGCUACCGAAGCUUCCCGCCUAGCCCACUACAACAAGAAAUCGACCAUCAGCUCUCGUGAGAUCCAGACAGCCAUCAGGUUGCUUCUGCCAGGCGAACUGGCCAAACACGCCGUCAGUGAAGGAACAAAGGCUGUGACCAAGUACACUAGCAGCAAGUAA